AUGAAAAGCUGUCGGGGCGGAAAGAUCAAACGUACGCCGUCCUUGAGGCGUCUCCGCCGAAACACAUCAAUGGGGAGAAUGCUCCAGGACGUGAAAUGCAGGAUGCUAUUAGGGAUCGCACAGCGUCUUACUCGACACGUCGUGUCCAGCACCUCGCGCCUCGGUGCAUACCGCCGAAGCAUUGUUUUACGAGUUCUGGAAGAAGGUCUGGCAGCUGUCCACAUUCCUCUGGAUUAUUUCGAUCCAACUAUCGUGCAGCAAGAGAACGGAUGCUCGCGACAGACGAUUCUCGAUGGCCCAGUCAUAUGGUUCGAGAUUCGCACAAACGCCUCGAAUCGUACCUCGACAUGCGCCAGCACAACGUCUUCGCUCGAAAAAUGUUCUGCAGUGCAUGUGCCAAAUGGUAUCAAAUGCCUAACUGCAGACCGAAAAGCCUAUGUUGGUGAACCUCGAGAGCUUCAUGGAGCGCACCGUGUGGGCGUUGUAUCCUCAUCUUCGUGGGCCCGCAAAGAAGAGCUGAUGGAGGGGAUUCUCUGCUCCAGCUUGUACAUGAGUGCCACUAGGUGUCACGGGGGCGAUCCCUGGCAUGGGCACGUGGUGUCGCGCUGGGGCCGCCACCCGUAUCGCAGUGCGGAGGCAAGAGGCGUGUAUUCGGGCACACGUUCAAUGCGUCAGAAGAAGGAGAUGAUUGAGAGGUCGCGUCGCUUGCCCGUAGCCUAUGGCGCUGCUCGUUCCGGGCAGCGUAAAACCUGCACUCGUACAGCCUUCGCGCCGAAUGUGCAACGACUGCAGGAAUCGAUGCUGCACAACUCCCAUAGAUGCAUCCCCGACGACAUACGCGCCUCACGAGCACGAGUGCACCCUGCAACAGGCCCAGAAGCAGUAUGUGGAAUGGAGUCGCAUGCACGAGAUGGCCUACGACCAGCUCAGCAAACAUCAGAUGCCGAGGCAAUCGCCAGUGAGACGCUCGGUAUGGUAGGAUUCCACAGGCCGCAGUACGCCCGAGCGAACAGUAUCUGCGCGGAGACUUCAGCCCAUCGAUGA